CAUUUUCUACAAUAACACAGUUAAAUCAUGUUAAACAAGACAUGAAAGAUUAUAUGUUAAUACGUUCAUCUUUUAUGUCAUGUCUUACCAACAUAAUACGUAACAAAUUACCGCAGCAGGCACUUCAUUGAACCCAGAACCCAGAUUGUUUCGGUCAUUCAACCAUAUAUAAUUUCUAGAUCAAAAAAUAUUUUCUGGCUCCUUUUUUUAUAUAUUUUUUAUUUUCUUGAUAUACGACCGGAAUUUCUGUAUUAUUAUUAUUUUAGGAACUCAUUUGUUCCUUGACUAUAUACAUAAACAAUGCAGAGUUCAAUUGAGCAAGAAAACGUAAAAUCAUCCAAUCAUCCGACACAGUCUGAUCCCUGUUCUGCAUCCACUACAGCUACUACUAUUGGUAGUGAAAGGCAUUACGGUUGCCUCGACACAUACGGUGAAUCAAAUGAAGUUCAAGUAGAUGUAGCAGAGGCAAAAAAUGAAUAUCAUGAAUUGCGUUUAGAGCUCAGCCGUAAAAGCCACCGGACAUCCGCUUCAAAAGCUGAAGAAGGAAAGGCAGCUGAAGAGGAUUUCGAUCUAGAUGAGUUCUUGCGUGGCAUGCACUCUGAAGAGCAAAAGCAUGGCCACAAGCGUAAAAAUCUCGGUGUUUCAUGGAAAAAUCUUCAUGUUGAGGGAUUGGGCGCAGAUGCAUACACAAUUCCUACUGUUAUGAGCUAUAUCACGUCAGCAUUCACAUUUUGGAAAGCAUUUCUACCAAAUAAAAACUGUAGCACAAGGGUAAUCCUGAAAGAUUUGACAGGGUGCUGCAGGGACGGAGAAAUGUUGCUUGUUUUGGGUCGCCCCGGGGCCGGUUGUACUACCUUCCUAAAAGUGAUUGCAAACAUGCGAGAUGCAUACACUUAUAUCGGCGGAGACGUUAGUUACGGCGGAAUUGCCCCCGAUGUAUUUGCAAAGAGAUAUAGAGGACAAGUGUGUUAUAAUGAGGAAGAAGAUCAACAUUAUCCCACACUGACAACCAAACAAACCUUAGAAUUCGCAUUAAAGACCAAAACACCCGGAAAGAGAAUUCCUGGUGAAUCAAAGCAUGAGUUUGUAGACCGAAUUCUUUAUUUACUCGGCAGCAUGCUAGGACUUACAAAGCAGAUGAAUACGAUGGUCGGUAACGCAUUUGUACGAGGUUUAUCAGGAGGCGAGCGUAAACGUCUGUCAAUUGCUGAACAGAUAACAACUCGAAGUACUAUCAACUGCUGGGAUUGCUCCACAAGAGGACUGGACGCAGCUUCUGCUUUGGAUUACGUCAAAUCAUUGAGAAUUAUGACAGAUAUAUUCAAAACAACAACGAUUGCAACACUUUAUCAAGCAUCUAACAGCAUCUUCAACGUCUUUGAUAAAUUACUUUUGCUGGACGAAGGCUAUGUCAUGUACUAUGGCCCAGUCAGUCAAGCAAAACAGUAUUUUGAAGACAUGGGAUUCUAUUGUGCCCCAAGAAAAUCCACUCCUGAUUUCCUCACAGGUUUAUGUAACCCCCUCGAACGUCAGUACAAGCCUGGAUACGAAAACAUUGCGCCAUCUCAUGCAUCUGAAUUUCAAGAAAGAUACUAUGAAUCAGAUAUAUAUAAGCACAUGCUGCAGGAUCUGGAAAGGUACGAAGAAGAAGUUCGUCAGUCCGAAAAGGCCAGGGAAUUUGAAGAUGCUGUUCGCGAGGAACAUCAAAAGCGUGCAUCAAAACGAUACCCAUACAUUGCAUCCUUUUAUCAACAAGUUAAGGCUCUUACCGUCCGUCAACAUCGUCUGUUGAUCAAAGAUAAAGAGGCGCUCAUUUCUAGAUACGGCACUAUUUUCAUUCAAAGCUUCAUCACUUCUUCAUGCUUCUACCUCCUUCCGCUUUCUGGCACUGGUGCUUUUGCACGAGGUGGUGCCAUUUUCUUCUUGGUUAUAUACAAUACCUUCAUGUCACAGUCUGAGCUUGUUCGCUUCUUAAUGGGCAGACCAAUUCUCGAAAAGCAUAAACAGUACGCAUUAUAUAGACCUUCCGCCUUUUACAUUUCACAAGUCAUUAUGGACAUUCCUUACAAUUUUGCUCAAGUCUUUAUAUACGAAAUAAUUUCUUACUUUAUGAUGGGUCUUAACUUAAGUGCCGGAAAGUUCUUUACUUCUUUUGUUACUCUCUUUUUCUUGAGUAUGUGCAUGAAUGGAUUCUUCCGUUUCUUUGGAUCUAUCACUUCAAGUUUCUUUUUGGCUACUCAAGUGACUGGUGUUGUGUUGAUUGCCUUUACAUCUUAUACUGGUUAUACAAUUCCUUAUAACAAGAUGCAUCCUUGGCUGUUUUGGAUUUAUUAUAUUAACCCAAUCACAUAUACUUACAAGGCACUCAUAUCCAACGAAAUGUCUGGUCAAAUCUAUACCUGUGAAGGACUUGGUAAUGCUGUUCCUUAUGGACCUGGUUAUGACGAUUGGAACUAUAAGGUGUGUACGAUGCAAGGCGGUGUUCCAGGACAACCUUUUGUUCGAGGCGAUGAUUACCUCAAUCAAGCAUUAUCUUAUGAUCCAAGGCAGAUCUGGGCUCCUGAUUUUAUCGUUGUUGUAGCCUUCUUUCUUUUGUUUACAUUCAUGACAGCCGCUUCCAUGGAAUGGAUUAAAUUGAAAAGAUCUGCCUCUUUGACCAAACUCUAUCUGCCCGGAAAGGCACCUAAGCCACGUACUCCUGAAGAGGAAGACGAACGUCGUAGGAAACAACACGAGGUCACUGAAAGUAUGGAAAGCAUCUCUACUGGUACCACCUUUUGCUGGCAACACAUCAAUUAUACUGUGCCUAUCAAGGGAGGAAAACUUCAAUUGUUGAACGACGUUAGCGGCAUUGUCAAACCAGGCCACCUGACUGCGCUUAUGGGUUCUAGUGGUGCAGGUAAAACUACCCUACUUGAUGUUUUGGCUCGUCGCAAGACAAUUGGUGUCGUCGAAGGAAAUGUUUAUUUGAACGGCGAAGCAUUGAUGAACGAUUUCGAACGAAUCACUGGAUACUGUGAACAAAUGGAUAUACAUCAGCCGAUGGUAACCGUGCGUGAAGCCCUUUACUUUUCUGCCAAACUGCGACAACCCGCAGAUGUUCCUCUCGAAGAAAAAAAACGUUACGUCGAACAAAUUAUUCAGUUAUUGGAAAUGGAUGACAUUGCUGAUGCACAGAUUGGUGAAGUAGAAAGCGGUUACGGUAUUUCUGUUGAAGAACGUAAGCGUUUGACUAUUGCAAUGGAACUCGUGGGAAAGCCUCAGUUGCUGUUUUUGGAUGAACCUACGUCUGGUCUUGAUGCACAGAGUUCUUAUAACAUCAUUCGCUUCAUCAGAAAGCUGGCCGAUGCUGGUUGGCCAGUCCUUUGUACUAUCCAUCAACCUUCUUCCAUCCUGUUUGAACACUUUGAUCACUUGCUGCUACUAGUACGCGGUGGCCGAACAGCCUACUAUGGUGAAAUUGGUAAAGAUGCACGUACGAUGAUUGAUUACUUUGAAUCAAACGGUGGCCCCAAAUGCUCUCCUGAUGCUAAUCCAGCCGAGUACAUUCUUGAAGUUGUUGGUGCUGGAACGGCAGGAAAGGUUACCCAGGACUGGGCCGAAAUUUGGCGAAAAUCCCCUCAAGCAAAGGCACUUGAUGAAGAGCUUGAUGAAAUCGAUAGAAAUGCCAUCAAGAACCCUACACGCAAGGCGCAAACCUAUUCCGUAUCUUUCCUCACUCAAUUCGGACUUGUAUUUGGCCGUAUGUCGCUUGCUUACUGGCGAUCACCCGAUUAUAACAUUGGUCGAUUUAUCAACAUUGCUUUUACUUCUCUUCUUACUGGCUUUACAUUUUGGAAACUCAAGGAUUCUUCUUCGGACAUGAUGAACAAGAUGUUUGCAUUCUUUGCUACUUUUAUCAUGGCAUUUACCAUGGUCAUUUUGGCUCAACCCAAGUUUAUGACCGAAAGAACAUUCUUUAGAAAAGAAUACGCAUCACGUUACUAUAGCUGGGUAGCUUGGGGUCUAUCGGCCAUUUUGGUAGAAAUACCAUACGUCAUCUUCUUUGCAGCCAUCUUUAUGUUUGGCUUCUACUGGACUGUUGGCAUGACAAAUACUCCUGAAGCCUGUGGUUACUUUUAUAUUAUGUAUGUCGUCAUGAUCUCUUGGGCUGUUACCCUCGGCUUUGUGAUUGCAGCUAUAGCUGAACUCCCAACGAUGGCCGCCGUACUGAACCCUCUUGCUCUUACCAUUCUUAUCUUGUUCUGUGGUAUGCUUCAAUUCCCAAAGGACUUGCCCAAGUUCUGGAGUUCCUGGAUGUACUGGAUUGACCCGUUCCACUAUUAUGUGGAAGGUUUAAUGGUAAAUGAACUUGAAAACUUUGUUGUGAAAUGUAGUGAUGAGGAUCUCCUUCGCUUCUCUCCGCCACCUGGACAAACUUGUGGAGAAUAUACAAGGAACUUUUUCUCUUCCGGUGCUCCUGGGUAUAUUGCUAAUCCUAACGCUACUCAACCUGAACAGUGUGGAUACUGUACUUAUAAGUCGGGUGUUGAGUUUUAUGAAAUGAAUAUGGGAUGGAGCGCAGCCCAUAAAUGGAGAAACUUGGGUAUUCUGUUUGCCUUCUUUUUCUUCAACAUUUUCUUGUUCUUAAUUCUUGUAUAUUUCAAAAGGAAAGCAAAACGAUAA